CAAGGCCGGCUGAAUUAGAAAUUUACCACUCGCCUGUUACGAUCAGUAGAAACCGAAUCUUGGUUAUGCGGUCAUCCCGGAAAACUGAAAUUUCCGAAAAAUUUUUUUCGGUGUUGCCAUGAUCUACCAGCGAGCGUUAAAAAAGAGAAAAUGGUACGUUUUUCUCGAAAAGACCCGCGCGAUACCAGAGAGACGGAACGGCUUGUAGUUGAUAGUCCCGAAAUGAAUUUAAACCAUAAUAAUAAACAAAUUGACAAUGCUACCAUUCCAUUCCAACAAGUCCAUAAAUUCAUAGAUGAAGACGACGAAGAUGAUGAAGAAAUCAAAGAAGAGAGAUUCAAUGAGACUGAUUUAUUAUUCCUCAAAGAGCUUAUGGAUAGUCCGAUCCUCUAUUCGUUAGUAAGGGUUCAUGAAAUCGAAGACGAUAUCCCAGUGACUCCCAAACCAGUAACAACCGAAGGCAAAGAUUUACUAAGAGAAGUACAAAUAAGGUGUAGUCUAUCGUGGAAUUUAGAUGCUAGAGAAUUGGGAACUUUGCUCAAUAGCCCAGAAAUCAAAACAUUGUUAGACUGUCACGACGAUAUUGCGAAAAUCUGCGAAAAUCCCAAACCUGAAGGAGACAAUUUUCCGAAAUUAUUUCCCAACGGAAUGACUGGAGAGGAGUACAGAAUGGUGGGGGUCCGGAAAAAACCGGGAGAACCCUUAGGUUUAACAGUACAAGUAGAUGACAAUGGAAACUUGACAAUAGCGAGAAUACUUGAAGGUGGUAUGAUCGAAAAACAAGGUUUACUUCACACCGGAGAUAUAAUUUUGGAGGUUAACGGAACUAAGGUUGCUUCUCCAGAAGACUUACAAACGGAAAUCGCAAAAACUAAUGAUCAUGUUACCCUCAAAGUUCACAGCAAUUAUGGAAAUGGUGAAGUGACACAUUCGAACAUAGUAGUUGCUAAUGGAAACAAUGGAAUUACAAAAAAAUUGACGUGUUACAUGAGAGCUUUAUAUCAAUACGACCCACAAGAAGAUACUCUACUGCCGUGUAAAGAAAUAGGUCUCCCCUUCGAUCGUGGAGAUAUCUUGCAGAUAGUGGAUCAACGUGACCCGAAUUGGUGGCAAGCGAAAAAAGUUGGAGGAGAUGGGACGACAGGCCUCAUCCCAUCUUUAGAACUAGAAGAAAGAAGAAAAGCCUUUGUGCCUCCGGAAGCAGACUUUGUACACACAAUAAGUAUUUGCGGGGCAAGAAUCUCUAAGAAAAAGAAAAAAAUCUCGUAUCAGUCUAAGAGUAAUUGUGAUUUUGAUAAAGCAGAAUUAUUGCUCUAUGAAGAAGUCACGAAAAUGCCUCCGUUCAAAAGGAAAACUUUAGUAUUGAUUGGAACGCAAGGAGUUGGACGAAGAACAUUGAAAAAUAGGCUGAUUAAUAGCGAUCCUGAAAAAUUUGGAGCUGUUGUUCCAUUCACGACACGUCCUCCAAGAGUGUUGGAGGAAGCCGGACAAAGUUAUUGGUUUACCGAUAGAGAAACUAUGGAAGAAGAUAUCAGAAAUCACAAAUAUCUUGAAUAUGGAGAGUAUAACGGUCAUCUGUACGGGACUAACUUAGAUAGCAUCAGAGAUGUUAUUAAACAGGGAAAAAUGUGUGUCCUUGAUUGUAGUCCAAUGUCCUUAAAACUGCUUCACAACAGUUCAGAAUUUCUCCCUUAUGUAAUUUUUAUAGCAGCACCUGGAAUGGAACAGCUUAAAACGUUGUAUGAUGUAGGAAGGAGUAACUCAAAUAUAAGACAAUCGAGUAGAAAUUUAACGUUUGAUCGACAAAGCUCAAUACGCUUUAGUUCGAGAAGAGCCAGAACAUUGGAAUCGUUAGCAUCCCUUUAUGAGGAAGAAGAUCUGAAAAGAACUUUGGAAGAAAGCGCCAGUUUACAAAGGGCGUAUGAUAAGUACAUAGAUUUAGUGAUUCCGAACAAUGAUUUUGAUACAACGUUUAGGGAAAUCAUCGAAGCCCUAGAAGCUCUUACAACUGAACAUCAAUGGGUACCGGUCAAUUGGAUUUAUUAAUAAUGUAUUGAAUGGAAAGCCACUCCAUUAGUGCUAGAUUAUUUUAGUACGAUAGCAAUCUCAUAGUUUAAUGGUAAGGUAUUAUUCACUCCAAAAAAUUUGUUGACAUUCUAGAAAUAAGUAAAAUAUUGUUUUUGAUUUUUUAAAUUUACAUAGAAAUAAUAGAUAUUAAUUAUUAUCAAUUAUUUUAUAGAUAUAUGAGAGAUUAAACAGAUUUUUUGGAGUUGUUAACAACACUUUUACUGCCCACAUUUAGGCAAGCUCGCAUUUUUGCCUUAAGUACACUUUUCCUAAGAAGCAGCUUAUGCCUUAAAUUAGAGAUUAGAAAAAAUUGUACACUCUUGUUAUAUACAAAGUUGUAAAGAUAGUAUAUUCUUAAAUACAUUCUAUAUUUUAGGAAUAUUGCAAAUUAGAGUGAUAAAAAGUGAUACAGUACAAUAACUGACAGUGUUUAAAACAUUGAAAUUUUCAAAUUAGAACAAUAAUUUUGAGAAGCUAUUGACAUGAGUUUUCGCAAAGCGUAACAGACUACUUGAGCAUCUUUUUAAAAACUGUUGUAUUUCUGAUAUAAUUAAUAAAAAUGUAUGCUGUAAUGGCGCUUGCCACGUGUCACCUGUGAUGUGACACACUAGAAAACAAUUUGGGAGAAUGCUAUGAAGUGCUACAGUGUACAAAUAAGUCUAAAAAUAAUUCAAACUGAAUGUGUUCCAACGAAUUAUAAAAGAUCAAAUACAUUCAAGUGAUUUUGUGUGUUGAAAUCACUUGAACUUCUAAUUAGGAGAAUACAUAUUUACAAAAUUAGACCGCUAGUAUUUUGGAUUAAUUUUUGGAAAAUUCGUUUUAUAAAUAAUACAAGAAUACACUGCAGUUUUUGUACUGUGAUAUAAAAAUAUUUUAACGCAGUAUAGCGGCCUAAAUAUAAUUAUUGCGAGAUAUUUUUCGUUUUUUCUACUUCGCAUCUCACGUUUAUGGUACAAAAUAUCACUUACAUCGAAGUAGAUAAUACAUACUGUUUAAAUGUUGGACUUUAUUUGUAAAUAUAUCAAGAUUUUUUUGAAAAAAUUAGUAAUCUGUAUUCUUUUUAUAUUAUUCUUAUCAGCAGAUUAAAAUCUUGAUUUUAUUUUCAAUUUGAUUCCACAGUAGUUGUAUUAGUUAGAAUAUUUAGUUUUAUUCUAUAAGUUUUUACAACAAUAAUCUUAGGUACAUUAUAAGAUUAAUCUUUUAUUUUGUUACAUCAUGUUAUUUUAUAAUCCAAAUCAUAUUCUUAAUCUUACUAUUUCAUUAUGUUGAAGAACUUCAAAAGUUUCCAAUUGAAUAUAAAUUUCCACGGAAUAUUUGUGUUUGUCUUUCAAAUAGAUGUGCAAGAGAAGCCAACUAAUGAGCAAAUUUCAAACGCAUAUAAUAGGUUUACUCGAAAUGAUCUUCGUAUACUUGAUUCAGAGAAAAACCAAUGAACUAACAUAUUGUAUCCAAUUUUGAAAAUGCUUCAUAAUGUUAUGUCUCAUUUAAAGGAAAUAUGUUUUAAAUGAGUUGGUUUACUUUGUUGAAAUUUAAAAUGGAUAAAAUAGAUUGAUUAAGAGGCAGCAUUUUAUAUAUUCUGAAGGGCAUUAACAUUAUUGGUUUCAUUAAUGAAAAAAUUACCUUUUUCAGUUAAAUUUGCUUAUUAAAUUUCUUGAGGAAAAAAGUUUGGUAAAAGUCCUCUCAAUUCAUUUGCUUUUUCUGAACUCUAUUUAGUCAAAAAUAGGUUUUUCUAAGUUAGAUUUGGCCAAAAACGGUUUAUUAUGGUCAUAUAUUGAACUUUCUGUAUUUGAUUUUUAAUUUAAUUUUAUCAGAAAAUUGUCUCCUUAGUGGAAUUUGGUCAUGUAAUGUCUUUCCUGAAUUAAAUUCUAUCAAAAGUGGUUUCUAAAUAUCCCAUAUUAAAAAAAUUGGUUUUUCCAAAUUGAAUUUGAACAAUAAAUAGGUUCCUCUCAAUUUAAUUCAAAAAAUUGAAUUUUUUAGUUAAUCUAAACCCGUUGACUUUAUGUAAGGGAACUUUUUACUAUCUAACCUCACCUUAGACUUUAUUGGUAGAUGUAUCAGUGUUAUAAAUACAAUUUAAUUCAAUAUUGUCAUAUAAUUUUAAAAAAUCUUUUCACUUUCACUCGAAAUUUUUAGAUUUCAAACUUUUUAAAUAAAGCAAUUCAUUUCAAUUUGUCUAAAUAAAUUCAUCCUAGAAAUCGAACGCUCUAGCUCGACUUUUUCAUAAUUGUAAUUGUAAUUGUUCUUUAAAGAAUAAAACUCAUUAUUCCAAUGUACAAUCACACUGUAUCUAAUUAAUAAAACUCAUACUAAUUUAUCAGUUUUGAAAACAGACAAAACGACACUAAAAAUAGAGCUUGGAUUUUAAAAAAAUAUGCACGCUUUGCUGCGUCAACUUUUCUAUAAAUCUAUAUGCUCCCCAUUAGUUGCAAGAUAUUCUAUAUUAUGUAUAGCUAUUUUACAUAAAAGUUAUACAAUAAAAGGUUGCUUUUGAAAUUCUUCUUCUUCCAAGGCCUUCUCAAUAAUCGACUGCCAAUUCUUUCUGUACUGAGCAUGGUGCCUCCAACUUCGAAUCCCUAGCUGGAUCAGAUCCGCCUCAACAUCCUCCAACCAGUGAAAGCGCGGUCUUCGUCUCAGUCGACGUCCUCCAGGAAGUCUAUACAUUGCUCUGCGCGGGUAUCGAUCAAAAGGCUUUUGAAAUUCAGUCUAAUAUUGAAUCUUAAUUAUUGUUUCCGAUACUUUCAGACUGCAAUUCAACACAAUGGUUUUCUUUAUAAAUUUGAAGCAAAUACAUAUUUAUUUGGUAAAUAGUUUCAAUGUCAUGUCAGAAUAUAUACAUGAAAAUAUGUUAACAUGGCAAUGCGUCUGAAAUUAUAAGUUAAUUGUAUGUGUGUGUUUUUAUUGAUUUUUUAGGUAUCCUCAACUUUUCAUGAAAGAGCUUUGGCAAUAUCUAUUCUACCAACAGGUUUUGGUAGAAUUUUAUAUUUUCUUUAUUAAUUUUGAUGAUAUGAGCAAUACAAAAGUAAAAUAAAACUUGUAUGAGCUCGAUAGAAGUGAGAAGCUAUCACACUUGCUGGUUUUAGUCGAGGCUACCAAGAUUUUCACUUCCGAUUUCCAUGAACCUGCAUCGAUUUUAAUGAAAUUUUAACAGCAUGUAGGGAAUACUUCAAAAAGCAAAAUCUACCCUACACUGAUGUGUGCUUUUGCAUUAGGGAUGAAAAUUUUUAUGUUGAACAUAAUCGCGAAAACUGAUAAGAGGAUCAAAUUUUAAAAAAAAAUGUUUUUUAGUUAUGUGGAUUGAAAACUUUUUCUUGAAAAAACAUUUUUUUUAAUAUAAGGGAUGAUUUAUAAGGGUUGAACAUUUGGGAUGCAAAAUAUUUGAGUUGAACACAAACAAAAAAAGUCAAUUUAAAAUAAGUUAGCUACCACAAGGUAAUAAAAUAUUUUUUUUUAAUUUUAUAUUAACCGGGGGCGCUUUAUAAUGUAUGAAAUACAUCAAGCAGGGUUGAAAAAUUAUAAAUACUGUAUUAAAACAUUAAACAACUUUUAUUCAUUCAAGUAGUUUUCUACUAAUUAUAGGCUUAUACUUAUAAUUUUAUUUAUUUUUUUUUUAUUAAAAGGUAGUUUCCACCUCUAAAAGUAAUAAGCACAUUUAUCAUAGGAUAGAAUUGAAGAUAAGGGUAAGUUAAGCUUAAUUCCAAAUUUUCAUGGGUAAUACCUCAUUUUUUCCUUGGUAGCCUAGACUAUUUAUAUAGAUAUAGAAUUUUUUAUGUAUAUUUAGUAUUAGUAAAGAAAACUCUUUUCCAUCAUGUGCAGUUAAUAUGAGACUGUAUUCUAAAUUGUUAUUUUCCUUCUGUAAAAAAUUUUAUCACAAAAUUUAUUUCACAUAAUUGAUGUAUAUGUAUUUUUACUUAUUUUACACCGUCCAUAUUUAUUAUUCAGGCGGCGUGUUAAGGAUUUAACAUUUUGUCUGAACAUUUUUAAUAUUUUUUUAGUUGAUAAUUUUUUCAAAUUUUAUUUUACCUGUUUAUCUCAAGCUUAUAUAAAAUAAACUAAAUUGAAAAUUA